AUGGCGCAGUCGCAGCUCCAACAGAUGAUUGCCGUCCCCGGCCAGCUGCUCGGCCCCAGCAACAAGUACGUCGCCGGCCCGGGCACACACAUCCACGAGUCGAACCUGUACGCCUCGCUCCUCGGCACCGUCGCCGUGUCGCAACCGCCCUCUUCCACCUCUUCCAAACCCACAACGACCGCCGGCCUCGCCAAGCGCCUACACCGCAUCCAAGCCGUCCUCCAGUCCCCAUCCCCAACCGACAAAUCCAGCAACGGCGCAACAACCCUCCCCACGAUCUCGGUCGCGCCCCCGAGCGGUGGUGCUGUUGGUGGUAGUAACGAGAAGCGCGAGGUGCUGCCCGAGGUCCACGACGUGGUGCUUUGCCGUGUGACGCGCAUCGCGCCCAAGCAGGCGACGGUGGCGAUCCUGGUCGUGGGCGACGCCGUGCUCGAGGCCGAGUGGCAGGGCGUCGUGCGCGUGCAGGACGUGCGCGCCACCGAGAAGGACCGCGUGCGUAUCUACGAGAGUUUUCGGCCGGGGGAUAUUGUUAGGGCGCAGGUGAUAUCGUUGGGCGACCAGGCGAACUACUACCUUUCGACGGCUAGCAAUGAGCUAGGCGUCAUUAUGGCCACGAGCGAGGCGGGCAAUACGAUGUAUCCCGUUAGUUGGAAGGAGUACAAGGAUCCUGAGACGGGCCUGAGUGAGAGUCGGAAGGUUGCGAAGCCUAUGUGA